AUGCCCCCCACAUCCACUCUCAUGUUGCUUUCCGCAGUGCAUUCAACCACCGUCCUCUCGGGGCCUUAUGUCACUCCUUCAAUCCUUUCGCCCACCGACACGACUGUCCUUACCUAUGAUCUUUGGAAAGGUGGCCUCGUGUGCUUCGCAGUUGCUAUCGUUUCCGUCGCGGGAUAUUUCUACCGCCGUCGCCGCAAAGACACCAUGUUCGAGUCCAAGCUUCCCGGUCUUGUACUACCAGUCAUUUUGCCCCGUGAUGGCUCAGUACUUUGCUCGCCGUCCGACACGCCAUACGAUACGGCUCUGACCCACGAUCGUUCAGUACUCCAGAUUCCCAUGGUCCAGACUGGUACUGUGGCAACGAGCCAAGUGACUGAUGAUCAACUGCAUGUUGGGGACGUUACGGAGGCAGACUACGAUUAUAGAGUUCAGAUCUCAGUCCCUACUAUCGCUAUAAGUGUCACUGACGAGGAUUUUAUCAGUCCCUUGCUUUUCCAGCGCGCUCUAGACCUGUCCGAAAAGAAAGAGGACGAUCAUGAGGAAUCUGAUGACGAUAUCUCCGUUUACUCUUCAGAAUCCGCAGAGGCCAGUCUUCAUAAUUUCCUGCUGUCAGAAAUUGCCCGGCCACACGUAAAUGUCCCAGAAAUCACUUGUGAGCAUUACAUGACUGUCGUUGCAUGCGGGUGGCCUGCCCGAUCGUACAACUUUGACAUUUCAGUCAUCGGUACAACACUUCGGGGCGGUGCCUUCCUUACUUUACCAAGUUACCCACCCUCGCCUUUGACCCUUCCUGCUAGACCGCGUUCCACUGAUGACCGCCGACAUGGUCUUGUCGAAAUGUCUGACUUGGCUAGUGCACUCGCGACUAAGCUUGAUCAUCCUUCCUCGGAUAUUGCUCUUCAGGCAUCCGAUAUGUCUCCCAUCCCGUCCAUUGCGCGUCGUCAUGGCCAAGCGGAUUUCAGCAAGUACGCAGAUGCUCUCAACGCGAAAAGUGGCAUACCUUCGCGAUGCCACCGUUCUCUUGCUGAAACGCAUUCCUUCGGCGAACAGCAGGAAGGUUAUCAAGAUAUCAACUCCCGCCUGAUGGACGAUCUUUUGCAGUCUAUCAAUGAGGAAGUCGAAUUUUACAACAGCUUCAGUUGUGACGAGGAUUGCGACGACAUCUCUGACGACACUUAUCCAGCGAGAAAACAUACCUCUCCAACAUGGGACUACUUAGACUUCCUCGAGGAAAAGUCUUGCUCUUUUCCCGUCCAAGAGGAUGCCGACUUGCAUUUGGAGCUAAAUAGCUGCAACGAGCAACUUUCUCCGAUGCCUGACUAUCCAGGCUGCCUAACUGACGAAAAGAACAUUUUAGGGUUUUUCGAGGGCCGCGUGCUAAGUUCUGUUUCCAAAGAGGGUGAGUACGGUACCGACGACGAGCUCACAUCGAACCUUCAGCAGCUCUCCAUUGAAGAAUCAGAAACAUCUCUAAACCAUAUCUCUGGUGGUACCUCAGGGUCCGCGAUUCUCGACCUUAUACGACUUCUGGACGAACAGAUUGACUACCACAAACAGCCUGUCCAUGGUUCAAUUCCAGAAGUCAACAACGAUGGCUUCGACCUCCUUCGGUUUGUCAAUGAGGACUUGCGACUAUCCGCGGAUGACAAGUGCCCAAUUGUCAACUUUGAGCGUGAUGACGAUUGCGACGAUGAUAAUUACACCAGGUUUCUAUCGACUGCGUCUCAUUCGAAGUCCUCGUUGUCGGAAAGUGAAGAUGGGUCUGUUGACGAUUACGGCUCGACUCCCUCCCUGGCGUCCGUCUCGGAUAUAGACUCAGAUGAUGAUGAAGUCAUCAUCGCUCCGAUAACAGGUUGCAUCGGACCCUUUCCCCCUGGUUCUAACCACCGUCGCUCGCCCGCCGGAUGCUUCUUUGUCACCCCCGCCACUCCAACUCGAUCCAGCUGCCUGAUUGACGCAUUCUCGCGCAUUGAUGCCGCUAAUGGUGAGCUGCGAACGCAGUGGUUCAUUGGGGACUGGGUUCCAUUCACCGACGAACAACAUUUGUCUGGAAUCCCGACCAAUCUCAAUCUCGCGUCUAAGGAAUUCUCGCAGCUCGACCUCGAUAUUCGAUUCAGCGACAAUUCCACGAUACCUUAG